AUGGCCUGUGAAUUGAAUCUAAACUUCCUUAAGGAAUUGGAGCGAGAGGCCGUUCUGGAGGUCCUGUACCGUGAUCAAAUGGUGAGAAAAACGGAGGAGGAAAGAGUAAGGAAACUUAAGAUGCAGCUGCAGCAGCUUCGGUGGAAAGGGGCAAGAAAUGUGGGCCAGGAAUACCAGGAAAGAUCUUGUGCUCGCUGUCACAAAUCCCUUGGGUUAUUGAUGAAUAGAGGUGCCGUAUGCAACGGGUGCAGUCAUCGAGUUUGCUCUGAAUGCCGUGUCUGCCUGAAUCCCUACCUGUGGAAAUGCACUGUUUGUUAUGCUGACGGAGAUGUGAAAGUAAAGGCUGGUGAAUGGUUCUUUGAGGAACGAGCAAAGAAAUAUCCAAAUGAAGGCAGACAUGAAACAGUUGGUGCAAAGCUCUUGAAAUCUUAUCAGAAACUGAGUAACAUUUCUGUUGUUCCUCCAACUCCACCUCCUUUUGCUGAAUCCACAGUGGGAAGCAACGUGACGGAACUCUGUCAGACUAAAAGUUUUAAUAAAUCUGUGGAAAACUUGUUUUUGUCUCUCACAACACAUAUAAAAAAAAUCUCUAAGUCCCAGAAUGAUAUGGCUGACAAAAGUCUCCUAACCACAGAUUAUGGGCAGAAUGUGGAAAACAGGAAGGAAAGAAGGAGCCAGUCUGACACUGCCAUCAACAUUACAAAUAGGCUAAAAACUACACCCAGCCUUCAACAGCUCAUCACUGAGUCCCAGAAGGACAGUGAAAUUCUUACCAAAAGGACCUGCAAACAGGAAGAAGAUACAAUAACCAGUCCUGCAAGUGAUACAGUUUUCUGUGAGGGCAGAAGACAUGGGAGUUUGUACAGUCUUAACAGCACUUGCACUGAAUAUGGCAAUUUUGGCAAGGCUAAUGUCACAGGGGAAAUAGAGUUUGCCAUAAGAUACAUCUUCAAAGCUUGCAUUUUAGAAAUCAGCAUCAGGGGAUGCAAGAAUCUGGCUUAUGGAGAGGAGAAGAAGAAGAAGUGUAAUCCGUAUGUUAAGGUUUAUUUACUUCCUGAUAAAUCUCCUCGGAAUAAGCAGAAGACAGCUGUCAAAAAGAGCACAGUGGAUCCAGAAUUUCAUGAGACUUUGAAGUACAAGAUUGAAUACUCUCAGCUGGGAAGCCGGCAGCUUCAAAUCUCCGUGUGGCAUGCAGGAGCACUCAAAUACAGGGUGUUUUUGGGGGAAGUCGUCAUCUCACUGGCAGCGUGGAAUUUCAAAGAUAGCUCAGCAGAGUCAUUCAGCUGGUAUCAGCUCAAAGCCAAGCUUGAGAAGCCUGAACAUAAUCUUGUCCAGUACAGCGGAGAACUCCUGGUGUCUGCAAGACUGUCAAUACCAGCACAGGAUAAAAAUUUCCAGUUUGAAAAGUGGAUGAGAGAAGGAAAAAAAGGCCAAGGAGCUCCCAGCUGCCAGCUUCAGGUUAUGAUAUUUGGGACCAAGAACUUGGCUGUGCCAAGGUCAGCUGGAACAUUGAACUCAUUCGUUAAAGGCUGUCUUAUCCUUCCGGACCAAGCAGAGGUAAAGCAAAAGUCUCCUGUCCUGAAGAAAGAAGCCUGUCCUCAAUGGAAACACUUGUUUGUCUUCGAUGGUGUCAGCCCAGCUCAGCUGCAGCAAUCAUGUCUACACUUGACCGUCUGGGACCAGGCAUCUUUUGGCUCAAGUGAUCGAUUCUUAGGAGGAGCCACUCUUGGUGCAAAGGACUCAUUUGGCUUUACAGACCCUGAUUCUCAGGCAGUGCUUCAGUGGCAGGAAGUGCUCAGCAGCCCAAAUACAUGGAUGGACAUCGCACUUGUACUGCAUUCAAAUCUAGUGAAAGGUAUUCUACAGCAGCACCUGCUCUGGCUUUGGGGAAUAGAGUUACCUGCUUAAAGGGGUGUGAUAUUGUGAAGGGUUUAAUUAAUCCUCCAAAAGGUAAAGAUUUUUUUUGCCUGCGUCUCUAGAUUCAGUAUAAAGUAAGUAUUAUUUCUUCAGGAGUGACAAGUCCAAUCUGAAAUGCAUCAUGCUAGCAAGGCAGUUGUAGCCAGAUGAUA